UGAUAUGGUGAUUUUGGUAAUAAACAAAAAAACACUGUGGCAGCACUGACACGUGAACGUAUCGUUUAUAUCGUAAUUCGGUAUGAUGACAUACGUUAACGAGUGACAAGCGUACUCCUUCGAUCGAAAUGUCAUUCCUACACCAACUGUCAACCGAACGCGAGCGACUUUAGGCAAAAAUGUCUAGUUUUAGUAAACUAAACCCUACUCAGAAGGAUGUAAUGGCUGAGUUUAUGACCGAGCACCCGAAUUUGGCCCAGAACAAUUUUUCCAACUCGGUACAAGGCAGAGCUACAUCGGCUAGACUCUGGGAGGAGCUUUCUAGGCGUUUAAAUGACGUAGGCCCACCAAUUAAAGAUUCCAGGACGUGGAGAAAGGUUUUCGCCGAUCAAAAAUAUCAUGCAAAGAAAAAGCUCUUCUUGAAUAAGGCAUCCAAGCACCGAGGCUCUUAUGGCGAGAAGGUUAUUACUGCCUCUGAGGAGAUGAUAAUUGAGGCCGCCGGACUGAAAGCUUGUGUUGAAGACGACCAAUGUUUGGAAGAGUUAGGAAAUUCACCAGCUGCAGCAUCCGAGCACAGCAGUGGUAAUAGUGAUAGUUGUCCCAGCGACGGAGAGGCCAGCUCCUCCCAUAGCGUCUUGUCGGAUCCACUAAAAUCGGAGUUCCCUCCCCUCCGCGUCAAAGCCCCACGCAGAAACACACAAAGACAAAAAAGUGGUAGUGAUGAAAAGUUGGCCCUCCUCCAACAAAAUUUAAAAUCUGUUGCAGACUUCCAAACAAAUUUGGUUGCAAAAAUAGAUAGGCUGGUGGAGACGCAGGAGAAGAUGCUAUCGGUACAAGAAAGAUUACUGGCGAUAAAAGAGGAAAAGCACCGCAUUCAACAAACCUCGCGAGAAACUGACGUAGAAAUAAAACGACUAGAAUUAGAAACAUUAGCCAUGGUAAUUAAUAAUCUCAAACUCUAAAUAAAGUUUUUAUUCAAAUCCGGAUAUCUGUAUUUCAUAUUUGUCGCAAACCUCUCUUGGCAUAUGGACGAAUACUCUGGCGCAAGCCGUAUAUAUAUAACCCGCGGGCACAACUUGUUUUCCAUUCCGAGGAGAACAUGGAAUAGCAAGUUCGACACAGUUCUCUGGUACAUACCAACAAGGUAGUCACUUUCAAUAGUAUGUUGACACUAGACGUUUGCCAGAAGAGAGUCACAGCCAAUUGUAGCUCUGGAGGCUAAGUUUUUGCAUGCGACUGCUAUAAAUUAAACUUUGUGGUACAAAUUCGAUGGUAUCUUUGGUUAAUCGGACGAAUCUUAUAUACAAAUACUUAUGCAUAUAAAUAAUUAAUGCGUGUGUGUGUAUGUGUUGUCCAAAGUACUCAACCGAUCUUUAUGUGGCAGAGCGGGGAAAAAUAAGCUGUACAAAAUUUUGAAAAAUGGGCGGUGCCACGCCCCAGUGAAACAAAAUUUUAUUCGUCAUAUGUAUCUCGGCAACUAUUUAACGCAGAUGUACAAAAUUUGGCAUACAUAUAUGUACAUAUGUGGAUCCUACUU